AUGGCAUGGUCUUUGUAUGUCAUGUUGGUGAUUGUGCCCAAUUACACUGAAUCACAAUUCGCAUUGUACAUACAGUCAAGCAUAGCCAUACUACUAUUUACCCUUUGUAUGAUUGCGUAUUUCAGAACUAUACAUACAGGUCCUGGGUCUCCCUUGGACUACCCACAGUUGAAAAUUGACCAUUUUUCGGAAAAUCCAUUUGAUGAUAGUCGUGGCUUGAACGGCACCACUGGUCCAAGACCAAAUCAAGAACCGCCUGAGUUCAUGACUGUGCAUACAUUGAAACUUGGAGGGAACCAGGGAUUCCGGUAUUGCGGUAAAUGUAAUUGUUGGAAACCUGAUCGCACUCAUCAUUGUUCGAAAUCGGGGAAGUGUAUUUUGAAAAUGGAUCAUUAUUGUCCUUGGUUUUCCAUAUGUAUUGGGUACUUCAACUAUAAGUUUUUCGUUCAGUUCUUGUAUUAUACAGCAGCAUAUUGUUGGAUUGCAUUCGGAAUUACUUUCAAGAUCUUGUAUGAUAUUUUCGCUACUGACAAAUACCAAGAAGAUUACAUUUCUAUAAACUUGAUCCUCCUAUGUGUACUAUCAUUAACAUUUGGUAUAUCAUUAGGAUUAUUCGCUGCUUUUUCCUUAUACAUGAUUAGCAAAAACACCACAACGAUUGAAUUUCAAGAACAGAGAUGGAACUAUCGUGGUAUUGAUCGAUACAAUUAUGAAUUUGAUGCCAAUGGGAAACAAAAGAAAUUGUCAAAUAUAUUUGAUCUUGGUAAACGGCGAAAUUUCAAGGAAGUGUUUGGUGAUGGAUGGUGGACGUGGUUGUUGCCGGUAUCCGUUACUGAAAAAGUUGCCAAUGCGGGAUUUAGGAAUGGCAUCAAUUUCAAAAUCAAUGACGAGGUUUAUAAGAAAUGGUGUCAUAAUGCUGAGCUACAGAAUCAGUUGAAUGAGCAAUUACUGAGUUUCAAAGAUAGAGUAAGAAGGGAGAGAGAAACUUAUGUAGAGGUAUAG